AUGAGUGCACCGGAGUACUUCGAUUAUGCAUACACCUACGGGACAACACCAUCAAGCGCUUUUGGCGCACCAAAGGCGACUGAGAAGAAUAGCAACGCAACCUAUCUAGAGCCGACAAUGUCCUUCCAAGCGCAGUUUAUCAAUGUCCCAGAACAUGGAGGGUUGCCGCCAAGCCAAGGAAACGGGAGUGCUCGCAAGUUGACGUUCGCACAGAUUCUCGCGAUUCCAGCGCUCGAUUCGACGGAUCCUAAACCACCAAAAUAUCUCGACUGCACCGGUACCAAUCGUAUCCAAGACAUGCCUCCACCUCAGCCUAAUCAUGUUACUGAUACCGACAUGAUCGUCUCUCUCAUUCACUCUGGGGUUCUCGAACACGAGGGUUACAUGUGGGCUGAUGUUACAGAGCUGCAGAACUGGCUUUUCGGGGAGCUCACCAAGCGAUUGAACCAUCUAUUCGACUUGGAAGAUCGAAGGUUACCUGCCGAAUUUGCAGCGCCGCCUUUGAUUCGUGAGGUGCGAGGAGUUCCGAAAAAUACAACUCCACUUGCCAAGUGGUGCAGGACGGGACGACAGCGCAGUAUCAAUUUCCGUAACUUCCCCGGUAUUGUCUACAGAUUGGAGAGUUUCGAUUUCGAAUACGAGAUUUCGAUUCAUGAUCUCAUGGAGCUUAUUGAGGAGGCAACGAAUCGCCUGGAUACACCGCUAAAUGCUGGCAGCACUGCUUCUGCUCCGACUGCAUCAUCGCAGCGUGUGCAUCAAUCAAUUGCCGCUUAUUCUGGAAUGUUCAAUGGGAACAUGGAAAUGGUGGGAGAGUCGAUGCUUGACAAUCAACCGCCUAUGUUUUCUCAAUCGGUUUUUGCACCAUUGGCGAACGAGUUACCGCGUAACUAUCAGCCAGGACAGCGAAUUCGAACGCCAAUGUCUACAGAAGGAUCCCAGAUCGCACAACGACGAAAGGCUCCGAUGAAGAACCUGGCAGCUCUACACAAUAGUACCAAUGGAGCUCGAAACUUGGAUCUUGGCGGAAACUUCCAUCGCAAGCACAGCGGCGGGUGUACUUCAGAACGGAGAGACCAGUCCUAG